GUAUGCUAGAUGUCAGAAAAUAAGUGCAGGUCUUGGUAACAAAAUGGAAUUGGAUCUAAUCAGCCCCAGGCUAAUGUGUUUGAUGUGGACCCUCACAGUAGAGCGAGCCACAUCUUGAAGGGGAGAGCAGUAGACAACACAGUCAGGAUGUUAUGGUCUUUUUGCUGUAUAACAAUCACAGUAAAGGAAAACGAUUUUCAUAUGUUGGUUGACAUUAUGAAAACUGCUUACUAAUUCGAACUUUUUUUUUUUUUAGACUGUCUUUAACGUCUACUCAAGCAGCAAAAAUGUUCACUUUUUUUUUUUUGUAUAAAUUAUCCUGCUGAGUACUUGCAUCUGUGAUGCAUUCCUACAGUGUAACUUGGAAAAACAAUAUUUUACUCAGGAGCUAAAUCUUGAUACGCUGCCUGGAUUUAACGGACCCUUUAUAUGAUUGUACAUGAUGAUGCUGUGGAUGAGAUGUUCUUUCUAUCCCAUAAGGGAAAGGGGAUCAAACACAAGAGCGAACAAGGGCGACAGGUAGCAUCGCAAUUCGUACGUAAUAUCCGCCCACACAUACCGAGUUUUCCAACCAGUGUGGGAUGAUCUCUGAUGCUAUGAAACUGUAUCGUGUGUCAAUCAGGUACUGAAUGGUCAAAUACCACCGAAAUAUUUGAAUUUUUUUGUUUUUAUAAUAAAGCCUUGCAAAGACUUCUAAAAGAGGAGCACAUUUUCAUUUUAAAAGCAUGAUGCACAAUACUGUAUAUCGAGUUGGGAAUAUUAUUUCAUGUGAUACUUUCACGUGGGGCCUUCAUGGUUUAUUGAUACACGUACAACUUUACAGUGUUAAGUUUAUUAGACGAUCCAUAUCAUGAAAUGAAACAAAAGCUCUAUUUCAAUGAUGACAAUAAAGUCUUUAUUUAAUACAAUUACCUGAUAUAUUAAAUGCAUUUCCUUUUUAGACUUUGUUUUAGGGGAUGUUUACACAGUAUAGAAAGCUAAAAAAAAAAAAAAAAAAAAAGUACAAGUUUUCAAAAACUAUGGUGUUACUGUUUUCACUUGCUAAACCUGAUCUUUAAUCCGGGCGAGCAUCACUGUCCAAAAAGUUAAUUGUGCUCCACUUCAAAUACUGUAAUGAUACUGAUUCAAGCACUGAAAAGCAAAUGACAGCUUUUCUAACGUUAAAAUGUCUGUGCAGAGUAACGGCUUUCUCAUCACAUGUAUUAUUAAAUGGUGCAAUUUUCAUUGCCUUUAUGUAAAUAAAAGAAGAGCACCUUGACCUUGGGGCAGGAUCUCAUCCCCGACCUGGAGAGGGCACUGAGGACCAUGGUCUCACAUUUGGAGGUGCUGAUUUUCAUCCCAGCCGCUUCACACUCUGCUGCAAACCGCAAAUGUUCCAUUAGUUCAUGACAGUAAUGGUUUUUGACCCAAAUUCUUCCCCUACGACAUCAAAAAUGGUCAAUAUCCACAGUAAAUUAGCAUACGAUCGCCAGCUGAAAUGAUGAUUAUCCAGUGACUUUGCGUUACUUUGAGUAACUACGACGCUCGCGGCAAGACCCAGCAGCCUACGAAGCUUAGCAUCUCAAGCCGACAGAGGAGCAAGCGGGGGCGGUUUGGCCGCAUCUGGACGUGCGGUUGUCGCGAUGGGCUAACAGCUAAGGUAACAGCAGCUAACCCCUGCAAAUGCCACUCUACCUCUAGCUUCCUUUCCAACGUUCGCUCACCGGAUAAUACAUUUUAUCUUCUACAAGUGGAAUUAACAUCAAAACACACAACAGCCCUUCGUUCAGCGGGGGAAUGCGCGAGCAUGCAAUCCACCAAUAAUUUUGGUUGUCGUUAUUGGCUUGGAGAAAAAACCGUUAUCGUGCAUCCCUAGUUUUCGGCCAUUUUUUCAGACGGUAGAACAGAUUAUUUGUGUUACCGUGCGGGGCAGUCAACUCUGCUGGACUUGUUUAGCAUCACUUGCUCUGAAUCGAAACGUCCAGAAAACGGAUGUUGAUCCCUUUUCGAGGCACUAGCUCCUCAUCUCCAAUUUUUGCCGCACUUUCUUCUCCUGGCAUGACUCGCUCUUGUCAUUCCACCAAUUGACUGGGGCGCCCGCUUGUGAUUAAGCCAGAUUCAUGAAGCCUGAACCAUGCUUUCGAAACCCAGAUGGUUUGCUGACUACUGGUUAAUAAUAAAGUGCUUCAUAAGCCGCAUUUUAAAUUGUAAAACUCGCUGAUUAAUUUAAUUGUGGCAGCCAAAAUCGUGAUCACGAUUAAAACUCGAUUGACUGUGCCCUGGGUUAGCGUACACACAUGUAAGAUUUCGUUACAAUGUGCCAUCCCCAACUACUGGCCUGGCAUGUGUUACAGUAUUUUUAGUCGUUUAUGCAGGGCUGUGUGAGCAAGGAAAGUGUUGACAAUGUCGUUUGUGCAUUUAAAAAAAGCAGAGAAAAGACCCCUUUAUGUUGUUGUCACGUAAACAAACCAUCAAAUUGUACUCGAAUGCAAUCCCAUCAAUUGUUAUUAUUGUAACUAAUAAAAACUAGUUUAAUUCAUGUUUUUUUUUUCAAGAUGAAUACAUCAGGCAGACUAUACUUCCUGUUUAACCGGAAGCAUUGCAAUAGUAGCAGUAGUGUUUUUUUAGUAGGAAGUGUGGCAUUGCUCUUCACUUCUGCAUUAAAGUUUCUGUUGAACUUUGUCAAUGGCCAAAAGAAUCUGGGGAAAAAAGGUGCUUGUCAGGCUGUAGUUUAUCCCCUUUUUGACAUCUGUUUUUUUUACUAGAACCAGGAAACCAAACUGCAGCAGACAGUGUCAAACAGUGAUAUGCACUCAGGUCUACCCCAUACAUGGGGCCAGCCGUGAUUGAGUCAAGAGCUGGUCUAGCCUGCCUGGAAAUAUGAUCUCCGUUACUCAGUGCAAGUCUCUCCCAAACUUACCCUUAUGCAGAUCAUACACAUAAGCACACAUGCAUUUACUCACAGCCCACAUUUCCCAUCUAAAUCAAAGACAGAUUUUUAUCACAGUGUUUCAGCUGUAUUUUACAGUUUAAAAAAAAAAAAAAAAAAAAAAACCAUGGGGGCAUGCAGGGGCAAUUUGCGCAAAUCAGACUUCUUUGUUUUGCUGUUAUUUCUCCUGAUUUCUUAGUCAAUUAUCCAUCCAUCCAUUUUCUGAGCCGCUUCUCCUCACUAGGGUCGCGGGCGUGCUGGAGCCUAUCCCAGCUGUCAUCGGGCAGGAGGCGGGGUACACCCUGAACUGGUUGCCAGCCAAUCGCAGGGCACAUCGGAACAAACAACCAUUCGCACUCACAGUCAUGCCUAUGGGCAAUUUAGAGUCUCCAAUUAAUGCAUGUUUUUGGGAUGCAUUGUGCCCGGAGAAAACCCACGCAGGCACGGGGAGAACAUGCAAACUCCACACAGGUGGGGCCGGGGAUUGAACCCCGCACCUCAGAACUGUGAGGCUGACGCUCUAACCAGUCGGCCACCGUGCCGCCCUUAGUCAAUUAAUCAAGCUUUAUUUAUAUAUCACUUUUCAUACAUACAUUGCAGUCCAAAGUGUUAUACAUUAAUUCAAAUUAACCAGCCUGACCACUUGUCCACAAGGACACAGACACGCACACAUACAAGUGACUUAAAACAUACACGCUCACACACAUACUCGUAAAAACACAAUACCGAAAUGAACUAAGAAACCUGAUGUUGAAUAUGAUGUUGGCCACACAGUAGAAGCAGAUUUAAAUUGCGUUGUUGACUUACUAAUGUGCUUGUAGGGAAGAUAAGUCCAAUAAAACAUGACAAAUUGUUUCAAAUGAUUGGAGUAUUAAAUAAUAAAACUUGGCUGCCGAGGCUGACUUCAGGUUCUCAAUUUAUCAAAGCUGUGAAAAUUAUGCUGAUGCAAUUCUUUAUUGCUAUGUAAGCCUUUAAGGUGACAUAAACCUGUUUCAAUAUGGAAAAACUAAUUUAGAUGAUGUGGGGUGAUGUCAUAAUAUAGAGCAGCCGCACGUUUGGGGUUUAUUGCACACUUUCGAAAAUUCUUAGGGAAGAUGCUGAAAGGUACGGCACAAGAAUCAGCGAGCGAUAAGUACAACUUGGUACGUAACCUCCAUAAAAAGACUAAUUGGCAUUCAUAAUAUGUUCUGCUUUACUAUAGCUGACAUGGUUUGUAUUGGAAUUACCUACUUGUGAAAUGGGAAGAUACAGAAUGGUUUUUCAUCUUUUUUUAUUCUUCUGUUGUUUUUACUUUCUCGAGGAACAAGGAUGCUGCUAAAAGUCAAGCAGCAGUGUGAUAAUGCCAAAAUAUCACCACAUUUAAAACUCAAAUCAAGAUCUGGAAUGAAUUCUACACUUACAGGGACAAGACAGCGCUUUGAAGAAGGUGCCAAAGGACUAUACUGAUUGUUGGCAGUCUGGAUUGCCAUCUGGGUUAACUCAUUCACUGCCAGUCCUCCGCGUUAACAUGGAUAUUUGAAUUCAACAGCCGUCAAUGGCAGUUAUAUAAUAAUGUACUGUAAGCUACAGUAGAUCCACAUAAACAAAAUGUCACACCCAGCAAAAGGAGGAGACCGCUCUCCAGUAAUCUCAGAGUCUCCAAGAUCCAGUGAGCUUUCAAACUCAAGUACUGCCUCCAGCAGAAGAGUUGAUGGAGAAGCUCAGCAGGAACAACUCAACAAAUGGGAGAGCAACUAUAAACUUCGAGAGGCAAUGUUAUUGUCAGAAAUGAACCAGAAAGAAGUAGAAUGGAAACUUAAAGAGGCAAUGUUGUUGUCAGAAUUGAAGCAGAAGGAAUGGAAACUUAGAGAGGCAGCACUGCUGUUGGAAAUUAAGCAUAAAGAGGUUGAGAUGAAGCUCGGACUUGAAGAGAAACGAACUAAAUUGCAACAGUUACAAGCAGAAAAGGAAAACAAGAAUCAUCCAAUACUUGCGAAGACAUGCGACAGUUGCAAAAGUCUUAACUAUUAUGUGGAUGAAAUUGAGGUUAACGCUACAGAAAAAGAAACUAAAGGUAUUACAACAACAAACUCAGAUGUAACAGCAGUCCUUCCUCAACCAGGAUCUCCAGAAAUUUCCGUAGCUCAGGAGCCUUUUGGUCUGGCUCAAGCAAGCUCAAUAUGCAUGAAUAUUCCACAAGCUCCACAGCCACCAACGUUCAGUCGUAAACCCCUGAAAUGUAUUGACCGGAAAACGUCUUCCAUGUCUUCUAUUGACAGAAAAUCCCUACCGACAACGAAGAUGGUGACACUGAAAAACUGUCCUGUUGGUGAUGCACGCCAAGCUGUGGAAGGUUUCCUCCACAGCGAUAGAAAAAAGUCACGCAAAGACGUUUUAGCAGUACUCCAAGAAAGAACUUAUAGCCCCUCUCUACUGGAAAGGGUGUUCAGAGAAAAGCUGAUGAGAUGGCCCAAGAUCAAAGAUAAUGAUCCGCUGGCACUAAAAGCAUUUGUAGACUUCUUGAAAAGCUGCAGUGGAGCAGUUAAACAUGGUGAAGAACUCGACUUUUUGAACAGUUGCGAGGAAAACUUUAAGUUACUUGAAAAAAUGCCUCAAUGGAUUACCCAAAAGUGGAGUCAAAUUGUUGUUGAUGAACUUGAAACCAGUGGGGAAUAUCCUGAUUUUGCUUGUUUCACAGAGUUUCUGAAAACAGAAUCACAGACUCUCUGCAGUCAUAUCGCCUCACCACCCAUUAUGACCAACAAAUCCUGGGACCAUCGAUCACUAAAGCAAAAGAGGAGUACACUACCAACGAAUACCACACCCCAACUAGUGUCCAGCAGCAAAAUGAUGUUCUGCUUAUUUUGCAAAAAGGAAGGUCAUGACAUCACUAGAUGCCCCAUCUUUGCAGCAAAGACUCUCGAGUGUAAGAAAACAUUCAUACAUGCCAAUCGUCUGUGUUUUGGAUGUCUAAAGAAGGGGCACUUCAUCAAAGAAUGUAAACGAAGACACAUUUGUAGCACAUGUCACCGUCGUCAUCCCACUAGCCUGCAUACAAACACGAUUAAAAGACCUGCAAAUAUUGCAAACAAUGACUUUACUCCAAUAGUAGACCACAGAAAAGCAGGGGUCAACAAAGUUCUAUUUCACUCAUCAGCAAAACGUUCUUCUGCUACAUCAAGUAUUGUUCCAGUUUUUGUCUCAUCAAUUGUGGAGCCAGAUAAGGAAGUACUUACCUAUGCAAUAUUAGAUGCACAGAGCAGUUCAACAUUCAUCUUGGAAGAUGUGCUUGAUAAAUUGAAUGUGGGUAUCCAAUCAGUUAAACUAAAACUGAGCACUAUGACUGCAACUGACACAAUAAUAGCAAGCAAGAAUGUUCAAGAUUUACAAGUAAAAGGACUAAACUUGGAUUGUCAAAUUCAGAUUAAGCAAGCCUACGCCCGUGACUUCAUCCCAAUGAAUAAGGGUCAGAUUCCUACCAGUCAGACCGCACUACAAUGGCCACAUCUGGAACACUUAGCUGACAAAUUACCACCAUUUCAAGACUGUAAUGUGGGACUUUUGAUAGGAUAUGACUGUCCGUCAGCACUAGCACCUCUAGAAGUCAUUGUUGGCACUACAAAUGAGGCCUUUGCACAGCGGACACAACUUGGUUGGAGCAUCGUAGGCCCAUCAAACCCCAACUUUGACUGGGAAAGAACCAAAUCUGACCCCUCAUCGUUAAUACAACCGUCUGAAGGCAAUCAUAUGUGAAAUUUAAAUAAACUUAAAUAACUUUGCAUUUUUUCAUUAUUUUAACAAAUGGACAUCCGUGACAUACUGGAUCUGCUGCUCAGAUGAUGGCCAACAAAUCCAAGUAAAACAGUCGCUUCUAAAGACAAAGCAAUGUUAUCAUCCUUUACAUACUAGUGGUUAAGAAAAGGUCAAAUGUAAUCUUCACAUUUGGAAUACAUAUGGGUAAUUUCAACUAUGUUGUGUCUUUGACUUAACUGAAUGAAUUUUGAUACAUAUCUGUAAACAAAAAAAAGUCAAUUUCAUGAUUAUUUUAACUUCGCAUAAUGCAAAUACCCAUAGUUCGCUCUUGUGUUCUGUCAACAGUUUAUCAACUAUAGAGAGUAAAACCAUGUCAUCUGUCAUGAGCCAUCCUGCAGUACUACAGUUCAUCAUAACCUCUCAGCCUGCGCCUGCUCUUUGGUCCAGUCUCCAUCUGAUCAUGACAGAAUACUCUGGCCACAAAUGGACCCAGCAAUCCCGGAGGCACUAAAACAUGCACUCACCCUCCAAGGCGCCCACAUAGGCCGAUAAGAAAAAGCUCUUCAAUAAAUAAUCUCUACACACCCACACGCAACGAGUCUCCCUCCUUUCUUCGAAGAUGCAAUCCGACCACUGCCCAGUAAGUACUACUUCCGAGCCCGCAGCCUCCCAGCCACCCCACCUCCCGUACAAAGAACCUCAUAUCCCUCCGCCCGAACCCUACUCCGGGGACCUAGGUACAUGUAGCCAAUUUCUCCUCAAUUGCUUCCUAGUUUUCAAGUGCGCAAUAUCACUCCCACCGUGAGCAACGCGCCGUCAGCAUCUCACCCGCCCUCUGCACCACCUACUGCCCCUUCGGCACCCCCCACCUGAGGAGCCCAUGCAAAUUGGUAGCACACGUCUAGAUCCCCAGGAACGUCAGCGUCGCAUCGUCCAGCGGCUGUACAUUUAUUGCGGUCAAUCAGGUCAUUUCAUCGUCACAUGCCCCUUGCAGACCAGGCUCGCCACGAGCAGAAAGCGCCGUGGUGAGGCAGACCACCAUUUCCUCUAGCUCUCUCCCCCGUAUGACCGUUCCUGCUUGCAUCCUAGGUUCCACUCACAACACACCCAUAGUUGCCCUUACAGAUUCCGGUACAGACGAUAAUUUUAUUCACGAAGGUAUAGCACAUCAGCUCCAACUCCCUCUCCAACCACACUCGUCUCCCAAAAAGGUCACAGCCCGGGAUGGCCAAGUCAUAUCCCCUGUUACCCACCAAACAUUGCCACUCACCUUGCUUAUUUCUGGCAAUCACCACAGAAAUAUUUCCCUUUUCGUUAUCCCUUCCCCUGAGACACCAUUAGUCCUCGUAAUUCCCUGGCUUAAACAACAUAACCGCGUCAUAGACUGGACAUGCUUAUCCAUCACUGGAUGGAGCCCUCAAUGCCAUUCACACUGCCUGCUCUCUGCUAUACCGCCCUCUGGAAACCCACCACUAUCUGCCACACCAGUUGACCUCUCUCGAGUCCCCAAAGAAUAUCAUGAUCUCACUCCGGUGUUCAGUAAAGACCUGACGUUCUCCGUGACAUGUUAAACCGGCUUGUUUUUUGUGUACUUGGACAACAUCCUCAUUCUCUCUCGAUCCCCUGAAGAACACCGCAGUCAUGUACGCCAAGUCCUCCAGCACCUCCUUGAAAACCACCUGUAUGUCAAAGCCGAAAAAUGCGAAUUCCACCUUUCCUUCGUGCAUUUUAUAGGCUACGUCAUUGCCAAAGGACAGUUGCAUCCCUGUGCCUUUUUCUCCCGUCACGCAACAGUAAAUCCCGCAUGUUCUCACCCCCCUCCAGCCCUGCAGAACACGAGACUAUCCUCCUUUCCUACUGCUUCGUUGGUGCUGCCUCAUGGAAAAUAGAACGAAUUGUCAAACACACUCAACAGACUCACCUUGACCCCAAGACCGGACCUCCGAACCGUCUUUUUGUACCCGAUUCCGCACGCUCUGACGUCCUUCAGUGAGCCCACAAUUCCAAGCUCACGUGUCAUCCCGGUAUCACCUGAACAAUCCAAUCAUCCAUCCAUCCAUUUUCUGAGCCGCUUCUCCUCACUAGGGUCGCGGGCGUGCUGGAGCCUAUCCCAGCUGUCAUCGGGCAGGAGGCGGGGUACACCCUGAACUGGUUGCCAGCCAAUUGCAGGGCACAUAGGAACAAACAACCAUCCACACUCACAGUCAUGCCUACGGGCAAUUUAGAGUCUCCAAUUCAUGCAUGUUUUUGGGAUGUGGGAGGAAACCGGAGUGCCCGGAGAAAACCCACGCAGGCACGGGGAGAACAUGCAAACUCCACACAGGCGGGGCCGGGGAUUGAACCCGGGUCCUCAGAACUGUGAGGCUGACGCUCUAACCAGUCGGCCACCGUGCCGCCUACAAUCCAAUCAAUUCAACAACAUUUCUGGUGACCCAGCCUGGUCAAAGACACCCGGGAAUUCGUUCCAAGCCUGCUCCGUCUGCGCCCGUGGGAAGGCAUCACACCUGCCUCCAGCUGGUCUGUUGCGCCCCUUACCCAUCCCGAGCCGCCCCUGCUCCCACAUCGCUUUAGACUUCAUCACCAGUCUGAGCCCUUCUGAAGGUAACACCAUCAUGUUCACUGUUGUCGAUCGUUUUUCUAAAUAUGUCCAUUACAUAGCACUUCCCAAGUUACCCUCUGCUUUUGAAACUGCUAACCUUGUUCAUAAUGUUUUCAAACUCCACGGUAUUCCUAUCGACAUUGUCUCGGACCGAGGCCCCCAGUUCUACUCCCUGGUCUGGAAAGAAUUUUGUAAAGCAGUGGGCGCAGCAGCCAGCUUGUCUUCAGGGUACAAACGACAGACCAACGGCCAGACGGAGCGGGCGAAUCAAUCCCUUUAGUCAGCCCAGAGCUCAUUCCUUCCAUGGGUCGAAUACGCCCACAACUCCCUCACCAGUUCCGCCACCAGCCUGCUACGGGUUCCAGCUUCCGUUGUUUAAGGAACAGGAGCAUGCGGUGGCGGUUCCCAUGGUGAGGGAUCACCUGAGAAGGGUCAAGUCUGUGUGGAAGGUUUUCAGGGCGGCCUUAGUCCGAUCGGCGGAGAGGAAUAAACGGCUUGCGGAUCUUCGUUGUUCCCCUGCACCUGAGUACAAGGUGGGUCAGUCCGUUGGGCUUUCCUUCCGUGAGCUCCCCCUCCAAACAGAAUCCCGCAAACUCACUCCACGCUUUAUCGGUCCGUUUCCCAUCACGAAAAUAAUCAAUCCCACGUCAGUUCAACUCCAACUCCCGCAGUCUUUUAAAAUUCAUCCGACCUUCCACAUCUGAUUGCUUAAGUCUGUCUGCACCUGCGCCCGUGAGGCAUCCGUUGAGAGUGGGGUACUGUCAUGAGCCAUCCUGCAGUACUACGGUUGGAGCCUGACUGGCGCUUCACGCAUCUCGCCCUUUCUUUGUCCUCUCCCCUCUCUCUCUUUCCAGCACCUUCCUCUGCAUCGCACCUGUCACUAAUCAGCCCUCGUUACCACCUGCAUAAAAGCCUGACCAAAUCCCAGAAACUCUCGCCAGAGUAUUGCAGCUUCUACAGUGCGUAUCCUCCGUGUCCCUCGUCAAGUGGAUCUCUGCCACCUCGCCGUCAAACUAGCCACCCGUUCUCGUCACUGCCUGCCACAUAUUCUCUGCCUCAACAACCCACCAGCGCAUCCCAAGGACCAUCCCCAUUUCCCUUUCAAUAAACUGUUCAUCACAACCUCUCAGCCUCCACCUGCUCUUGGGUACAGUAUCCAUCCGAUCGGGACAUCAUCAUCAUGUCAUUUCUCCAUUAGUCGUCGGAACUGUCCAUCAGAUGUCCACUGCUUCCUUCCUUUGCAUCCAGAAAAGAGACAGUGAAUACAAAUACUUUUUUUAUACAAACUCAAUUGCCAACCACCUUCGAUAUUCUAUCGAGUUAAUCAUUGACAGUAAACCAAGUGUGAUGGAUGAGCACGAGUACCAAAGGUUUUGAUGAUAAUGAUGAUGAUGAUGAUGAUGAUUUAGGAAUCAAUGUCUUUAUUUAAUAGUCACAAUAGGGGUAGUCUUUUUGAGUUUCAUAUAAGAUUUAUGUUUUUCAAAAACGGAUGACAUUGUAGUAGAAAGUCAUCAUAUGAUCAUCCAGUAGUAACAUUAUUGAUAUGUUGUAAGGGAGUUAGUCUUGCAUUCCUAAUAUGACUAAACUUUUUUCCCCACUUUUCAGAAAGUGCAAUUUCCUUGAAAAUGUCUGAGUCAUAGAUCAAGGGGGACAGUACCCUUCAGGUUUGGGCAUGAGUCUAGUUAAAUGGUGACCUGAGCUUUCUUAUGCAAACUGUUUCAGCGUUCAAAGGCUGUUGAGUGCCCUUUCCUCCUUUGUCAGGCUUUCACAAGGAUGUAUCAAGUAUUGGCUGGGAAGGCAUGACACUACAACUUUAAAGUCACCUACUGUAUGUGAGUGAAGGGCCACCAUAUUAUGUGUAUAUUCAUUUAUAGAAUUUUGUGUUCUCAGCAUGUCAUUCCGCAUGCAUCUGUUUGUGUACGUGUUGCUCUGGUGUCCCAGCAAUCGUAUGCGCGUGCGCUUUUUUCUGUGCUUUAACUCUGGGACUCUGAACUCUCGAGAGGCUUGCCAGCCAGUCAGCUGAGAGAGCAAAACAAGAUGUGUUAUAAUUGAAACAAACACACGGGGGGUAAACAAGGGAGAUUACUACAGAACAGGAGUGAGACGGUAAAUGUAGAAAUGCUGGACUUUGUAUUGUCGCUUUGAAGCUGGUUCCAGAUGUUUGAGCAUUGCAAAUAUCAUAUCUAACAUUAAAAGCAGACACAAGCCAGUUUAGACUAACAUUUAGUCAAACACAGGCGUAUUGCUGCUUAAUAAGAUUAAUUCGCCAACUCUUGUAAGUAUUUACUUAAUUUCAGAUUGUGGGAUUUUUUUUUCUUGUGAAUAACACACUUAAUACAGCCCAUGCCUCCAGGGGUUACCGUACCGCACAGAUGGUAAGAUUAAAUCCUUUGCAUUUACCGUGGAACAAUAUGGACGCCAGACUUAAAACUUGCCAUUAAGCGAUUAUACGAACAGUCUGGGGAUUAACUCUAUUGAUUAUGUGUCUAUUUUUCGAGGCUGACCAGUGACUGACAAAUUAUCUAAAUGCCCUUGCUCCCCAAAAGACAGAGUUUACCUGAUGAUGUUGUCAUCCGGAAAAGUGCAAACAGCAACGGCACUGACCGACCUGAAAACUCUUUGAACUGGAGAUGAAUUGCAAGUCUAUCAGCAGCUGUUCAGGUUGACCUUACCCCGCAAAAAUCAAUCUGCUUAAACAUAGUCCAAUAGCUGGGGUGUUAAAACAGGACAGAACGUGUGUUUUUUACAUGUAGGUUGUGAUGCAAAGAAAAUGGGAUCUUUCCCAAAAACGGUUUGACGUAACAGUGGUAAACCUUUCAAAAGUUCCCCUCAUUUAAGUUCACUAAGUUGAACCCAUGGACUCUUCUUCAGGAGAAAACGCUCUGACCAACUCACGACUUGUGUCAUCGUGUUCUUUUCAAUGAUUAAAAGAUGUUCACUUGUUCACCUCUUAUUCACAUCCAUUUAUGUGUACAGUCCAACGGAGAACUGUAGUGGAUCAUCAGGAAAGCAGUUACGGUUCAGGGCACCACUUGUGUGCCAUGUUGCUUCAUCCAUCUGGGCAUUGAUCUGGAUACACUGACUGACAGGUUGCCCGGCAUUUGGCAACACUGUCCAUCUCAAGUCUCACAUUGUUGUCUUCCUGUCUGCCAUAUUGUGCGUUUCUGCCCGCCUGUUGCCGCAGAGCAUGCAAACGUGAGGGGAGGUAUGUGUCGGUUAUCUCCUGGAAAGAACGGUGCCCUUGUUGCUUCAUAUAGCCCGGCUCUAGUGACCGGCCAUUGAUAAGGCUAAUGUCUACCGAUAGCUACCGCGCUUUCAAGUCCCGUCACAAAACAGCCGGCUCCCUUUUAUGUUGUUUUCCCAAGCCAAGGACAGAACGGCCUCCCUGCGGGACCGGGCUGGCUAAUCAGUAAUCACUAACUUGCUGAGCCCAGCAUUCCCCUUCAGAUGGUCUGCCGUUUUGCCUCUUUCUCCAUAUUAUUUCUUUUGCUUCUUGUUCAACUUUCUCUCAUCCUCCUCCUUCCUUUGUUUUCUUUUUACCCGUCUCUCUUUCUUCUCAUUCUCAAGCUUCCCUGAUGCUCUUCAAUUAUUCUUAAACCCCGACCCCCCACCCUCCAUGCCCCUCCCUCGUUCUCUCUUGUUACUUUGCUCAUCUUCGCACCCAUCUUUCUUACUGGCCACAGAACAAAAUGCUGUCUCCUUAGCCUGCUAAUGAAUCAAGAUACAGAGGGGGGGGUGGCCAUAACUGUGCCACUGACACAUGGUGUUAUAUUAAAACAUUAGUACCACUAUAUGACUUUAUUUAGGACUUGCCAAAGAAAAUUGAUUAGGUAAAAGACAUGGGACAAAAGGGGGAAUCAUCCCCAGCCACCCCGACUGGGCUUCUCCUCUCUGGGCCAACUGCAGCGGCUCCUCUCCAAACUUGUGCUGCGAAAUCAUCUGGCCACGCUUCACCUCUUGUUCAAGGACACCCCCUGCCUCUUGGUUCAGUUCCGUCUAUAUAGUGAAAGUCAUUCACCUUUCUGGCCUAUAACAUGCAGACAUGAAUUUCUAUGUUGACAAAGUGAGUGUAUUUGUAGUUGAUAGAAAAGGUGCGAUACCAUCCCACCAUAAUUACUGUGAGCAGCUUGGUAGGCGAGUCUCUUCAUUUUUGAAUUUUUUUUUGAAGGGAGAAAGACCAUAGUAGCUUAGCAUCAUUGAGUGCGCAUGUAGAUUUGUGGCAUUUAAAAAAACCUCACUGUCCUUUUCUUUGAAUGGACCUUUUUCAUUUUAAUUGUCAAGUCAUUAUAAGCAUUAACAGUUAACUUGAGCUCUAAAGUAAGAAUAUUAGCUGUUUGUGUUGAUUGGAGCCGGAUGCAUGACAUGUGUCCCUUCACCAUUCAGGGUUUGCAUGUCACCCCCAAGCCCCUCCCCCCCUUCCUUGCUGAACCCUCAAACUAGUUUGCCAGCUGGACGACAUGCAUUGUGGAUAGAGGAAGUGACCUCAAUGAAGAGGAACAUUGUAUCAGCCCCAUCAAAGACAUCCUUCAUACAGUAUUGUCAUCCACCAACAUGACUUGGAGUUAAGGGUUGGCCAGUGAAGAGUGCGUCGCCAGGCUGCUGUAUUUCCAUUAUGGCAUAUGAUUUGAAGAGCACUAUAUUUGAAAUUGUGACAAUCAACUGUUGAAUAGUCUUGCUUUGCAUGGAUUCCUGUAUUGUAUUCGAGAGUAGAGUAAUCGGUAAAAUGGAAAAUUAGGAGACAGCUGGCAUAUUCCUUCAAACUAUUAAAAGACAAUUUAAGUCUCCUAAUUAGUCUCAGAGAUUUGAGGGUGUAUUUAAUCAAUGAUUUAAACAAAAACAUUCCUUUCCUUUUGUGUGUUUUUUUGUCCAAAGCAUUCCUGUUCGCAUGGAAAUGUUGAAAAAUGACAAACGCUUUAGUAUCUAUUUUAGGCCAGCCAUUGGCUACCGUGUCCUUUGGAAAGAGGCAUUACGUCCUCUUGUUUGUUUUUUGUUCUCCAAAACUAUCUUUUUAAUUCCUCCUCAUCAGCACAUACUGUAAAUACAUCUUCAGUGUACACUAAAUUAUUGUUUAUUUGGACACCUGAUGACCAAAUUACACUUCUCCCUUUAAUAAAGGUUAGCCCGUAUGUCUUUCUAAUUAGGCCUACACUGUAGUGUUUAUCAAGGCCAUCCUAAACAUCUGGGGGACAUGUAAAAACCUCAACCGGCAACAUUUGAUUUGCCGGGAAUUGAUAGCUCAAUUAACAGUAUAAAUAAAAACCUUCCCGUGCCCCUUCUCACUCCACAGUCUGCACUCGACUCACAUGAUACUUGCAGACACGAUAGCUGCCUGCCUGCCGUUGAAUUGUUGUGAGUCAACUACAGGCAGGAGACACAGAAGUUAAAGCCACCAUGAGGCCACACUAAGGGGAAAAAAACUGGAGAGACUAGAGGGGAGGGUGAGCUUCGAGGAAACAGUGUUCAAACUUUCAAUUUGAUUUCACUUUCACUUUACAGCAAAUCAAAAACAGCUACCUGAAGUCACUUAAGUGCCUUCAUGUUAUCUUGACUUAGUAUUGAAAUAUACGGCUUCUGGAAGUUUUUGCUUGUCCGAGAAACUCUCUCGUCACGAAACAUGGCAUGUCCUCUAUCUAGCCCUGACUUUUAAAUGGAACGACUGUGUGCACCUGCGAUUGGCUGGCAGCCAGUUCAGGGUGUACCCCGCCUCCUGCCCGAUGAUAGCCGGGAUUGGCUCCAGCGCUCCCGCGACCCUUGUGAGGAGAAGCGGCUCAGAAAAUGGAUGAAUGGAUGGACGACUGUGUGUGGAUGGAAUGAUUGGAUAUAUAGUCGCAGUGAGAAAUGCCCACCUUCUCCAUGCGAGCCUUUUCUGAGAUGGGAUGAGUCAAAUGUGAAAGUGUGCUGAACACUGACAAUUUCUCCUCUCGCAGAUAAGAUUGGUCUGUAUCCAUUCAACGCGUGUUUGUUAUAGUUCAGUCUUAUGUGGGAAAGGUUAUACUGCAGUUCUUGUAUUACUUUAACAAACAAAACACACACACUUAAGUGUGUGUUGUGCACUCUGAGUAAAACGAAGCAGUGAACUCAGUAGUUUUAUUCAUCUGUACAGUUUCCCUUACCAUCAUGCAAAAUCAUUGUCAUGUAAAUGAAAAACACAAGUUUCAUUUUCUUUAAUUUCAUACAAAAUAAGUCGCCAAGUAACUUCCCCACCUACAGUGUCGCCGAAAGCACCCUCUAAAAUGUUUCUCUUUGUAAUGUCCACAAUGUGAAAACAUUUUAAUACAGGAGCAGUAUAUUUUUGGAUGUAGUAUUGUUUCUCAACUAAAUCAUCCAUUAGGCCCAUUUAAAUGAAUUUAUAAUUUUUUGUUCGUCCCUAUUCAUUCUUACAUUUUUUGCUGUGGUUAAUGCACGAUUGUAUCUAACUUCAAAUGCCUCGACUUCAACUCAUCAUAGCCAGUGUCAAUGUUUGUUCGAUUUCAUCCUGUUUGACAGUCUGUGGUUCAUUUUCGAAAGCUCAGGAACACCGAAUCAGAGACAUGGACCUGGGUCCUUGUGGUAUCUUAUUUGUAAAUCACAAAGCGGCAAACAGGUUACAGUUUGCAUUAUAAUCCCGCUUUGGAAAACUAAACAUGGAGUUGUUAAAUCAGAAUAAAAUCCCAUUCUUGGCGUAUGAUGUAGAUUUACAACUUAUGGUACUUCUUGCAUGCAUGGCGUAUUUGUGGAGUAAGUGUGACUGAUAGCAGAGCAGCUGUUUCCUGGGGGCUGCACACACAUACUUUGUUACUGGACUGAGUCUUGCUGGUGGCCAUGCUGCACUGUGCCUGACCAGCUGCCUGCACUGAUCUGCUGGAACAUUUUGUACCAGCUGCUCCUAGAGGGCGCUAUUGAGACUAGCACUGCAGCUGCUGGAGGCCACAGAGGGAAUAAGAGCACAUCAUAGUCCAUCCGGCUCCUCAUUUCCACACUAUGAUAUGAAAUUCGUUUAAUCGUGUAAUUUUUAACGUUGUAAUGUUAAUCUCUACCAAGGACCUUGUCUUUGCUGGGAUAGUUUGCAGUGUUGGGCAAGCUACCGGGAAAAUGUAGUGAGCUGAGCUACAGGUUAUUCUACAUGAAAGAAGUUCAGAAAUGUUGCAAGCCAAGGUACAGUACAAUGAAAAAGAGGAGCGAAUUCAGUCGGGUGGAGCCUCUUUCAAUUGUGUAUUUGUAUUAUUUUUUUCAUUUGUAUUUUUGUGAUUGUAUCGUUUGGGUAUAAAUGAAUGCUUAAUUUUGUGUGAAGAUUAUAUAAUUGUUCUGUUAGGACUCGAUAAAGCAGAUGAAUUUGUUAAUAAAGUCAUGGCCGUAGGGAUUCACAAAAUGUACGCAUCUCUGCUGCAUUAUCAGACGAUUCAUAUAUUCCAAUCCUAUAUUUGUCAUGUAUAUGUAGAAAUGCAAGACCACAACACUUGCGAUGUCGUGUAAAAAGGUGUGAUGAGUCGCUGUGCUCAUGAUGCAGCAGAAAAGCAGCAAGCACCUGCGCUGAGUCAAAACGAGACUUGUCAGCUGUUGCGAAGCUGUAGCCUGCUGCUCACCACGCCUCAGCUUACCUUUUGUUUCACAUCCCUUUUGAUUCACCCCGAGGAAACAUCCUGUCUGCUGCCAUUCGGAUGCAUGUGUCCUUUGUAGCACUACAUGUACAGGUUAGACCCCCCUCCCUUUCAAUACUAGUCACAGCCAGAGUGGAAGUGUGACCCUCUACCAGUAAGGUGUGUAUUGCACGAGUGGCCUACCUCUAUGGAGUUGGUUAGUAAAUGUAUUGUGUCUGGAUCAGAGUUCACCAAAGCUGCGCUUAAUCCAACGUAUUGGCUUCUGUUAAUCAGUGAUUCCGCCUCGCUCCUUUCAUUUACAGUAAAUUGUGCAUGAAAGGUAGCGACGCGGAUUUCAAAGAUUCCUUCCGUCAUUCCAAACAUGGCAAUUAUCAACGAGUCACAUGGGAAUCAGUCGCCCUCUUGUCAUGCGGACUUAUUUCGCCUGACAACAGUUAAUUUUUAGUCAGAUUCCUUUGGGAGUGGAGGAGGAUUCUCCACAUGGACCUCAAACACAGUCUUUUUUUAAGUGCCUAAAUGAAUUAAAAGAGGCUAAUACUUCAAACCCAAGAUUGAAAAAGAAUGGAAUGUCUAUUCGUCUUGAGCUGUGAUUAUAAAGACACGUGAAUGAUGCAUCUCAUUUGUCCUACUGACGUUUCUCUGAAUAACCUGAAAAAUCGAUCGCCACUAGACUGUUAGGUGUGUCUUGGAAUUUAUAAGACAACCCAAACAGUCCAGUUCAAUUCAGCUGAGAAUAUUCAUCCAUAUCCAUCCAUGCAUUUCCUACACCGCUUAUCCUUACUAGGGUCGCAGGUAUGCUGGAGUCGAUCCCAGCUAACUGCGGGCAGGAGGCGGGGUACACCCGCCGUGUCGCCUGAGAAUAUUCAGAAGCCAAAAAUGAUAUGUGACACAGUAGAUAAGAUCAGGAAUAUAAACCAUUUUCAAAAUGAAAUGUACACAAACAAUAAUGGCAAACGAUUGUCAUUAACAUCACUAUAACACACCUUCUCACCUACAGUUUAAUGUAUCAUUCCCAGCCAUAUGAUACACGUGGAAAAAUGACUCGACCAGGCUUAGAAUAACUUCUGCGUUUGCUGUAUGUAUAUCCUGCUCAUCGGAUUGCUCUAUGCAUACUGUACAGGAAGGUGUGUUGCUAACAAUGAAAAUACAUUAUUUCGUGUUAAUAACAAUGGCAUUAGUAUAUUUAAAAUGUUGAUUUUAAUUGGUUUCCUCACAAUUCCCACAAAAUGAUCUCACGUAACUUUGAUGUUUUAUCUCUUUUGAUCAGGCCCACAGGUUUAUGAUCAAAUGCUUUCAAAUAUGGGAUAGUAUGAAGACCAAUUUUCUAUUGAGUUCAUGUAUUACUGUCGAUUUGUUUGAUGUAAAACCUUUGUCACUAAACGUUUUCUUCUGUCUGUUUUCCUGUAGAUAGCUCUGUAGGAUGAAUGGCGGAAGUUGAGAGAAAGCACGUGCAUGUAACGUGUGACUGCUAACAUUUCUAUACAUUGAGUGCUCGAUGUGUUCUGGCUCUCCAGCUCUGCUCUCGCUCUCUAUGGUUCCCCUUUUUGUUACCUCUGUGCAAACGUCCUUUCACAAUCAUGAAUGAGUGGUAUUUUAAAGUCUCGCUGCAGUAUCUGCUUUAUUCAUCAAAGUGACAUUCUUGAUCUAACGCUCAAGCCAGCAAACAUGAAGACAGUUCUAUACAGAUGAUUGUGUGUUUUGAAUUUGUAUGUCUUGUGGCUAAAUCAUUAAGAAUGCGGCCUUUGUACAAAGUAUCACAAACAACUUUAAUGUGUCAAAUUUAACUUUUAGCUCAGCAAGCAUCAAAGAAUUCUUUAUUAUAGCCUUUAUAGCUCAAGUCUGUGCAAGCAUGGAGAACAUUCAACGUUUCCUCCCAUGAGUGAUCGUUGCAAUAGUUUGCUCUGUGGAUUAAACACUGACUUGAGAUUGUUCCCAAAACCGUCAAGAGUCCCAGGUGUUUCUGACACUCUCAACCUUAUUUGCCUACACAGAUGUUUAAGCUUCCACCUUCUGUACACUUAUUGUGGCUCGGCAAAAUCCCCUUCGCCUCAUUCUCAACUGUACACUCUCAUCCAGAAUUGUGUGUGUGUGCACGUGUGGAUGUGUGUCUGUUACUGGCAUGCACAUUUGACUCCACUCUUUCAUAGCGGCAGUUUGGGGCAUUUAGGAGUUAUUGUGUAUCUACCGUAUAAGUGCUGUGGUAGCCAGUGAUGUGUGUGUGUGUGUGUGUGUGUGAGUGCAGCCAGCGGAGGUUAUGAAUGACCUACAGCUGGCCUCCCGAGACAGCUGACAACUGAAUUGGUAAUCGUUGAAAUAAAAUGCUGCAUGAUGCAUCAACACGCGCUCGGGCCUCUCCACAUCGCUUCAUCCAUAUCUUCGUCACGCAUCGGACCGCACUGGCGUGUGUCUCUAUGGCUUCGGUACAUAAUUACACCCAAUGCUGUAUUGAUACUAACUUUUUACAACUUGAUGUGAAAGAAGUAUGUUUUUCCUGAACCAACUGGGUGGCAUCAAGAUUCAUCCCCCAAUUCCAAUGAAGUUGGGACGUUGUGUUAAGCAUAAAUAAAAACAGAAUACAAUGAUUUGCAAAUCAUGUUCAACCUAUAUUUAAUUGAAUACACUACAAGGACAAGAUAUUUCAUGUUCAAACUGACAAAUUUCAUUGUUUUUAGCAAAUAAUCAUUAACUUCAUCAAACAUCUGUUUGGAACAUCCCACAGGUGAACAGGCUAAUUGGGAACAGGUGGGUGCCAUGAUUGGGUAGAAAAGGAGCUUCCCCGAAUUGCUCAGUCAGUCACAAGCAAAGAUGAAGCGAGGUUCACCUCUUUGUGAACAAGUGUGUGAGGAAAUAGUCCAACAGUUUAAGGGCAAUGGUCCUCAACGUACAAGCCCAAUUCCAAUGAAGUUGGGACGUUGUGGUAAACGUAAAUUAAAAACAGAAUAUAAUGAUUUGCAAAUCAUGUUCAACCUAUAUUUAAUUGAACACACUACAAAGACAAGACAUUUAAUGUUCAAACUGAUAAACUGACUUUACAAACUGACUAUUGUUUUUAGCAAAUAAUCAUUAACUUGGAAUUUUAUGGCUGCAACAUGUUCGAAAAAGCUGUGUUACAUCACCUUUUCUUUUAACAACAUUCAAUAAAUGUUUGGGAACUGUCUGGACUCCAGGCAGGCCAGUCUAGUACCCGCACUCUUUUACUACGAAGCCACGCUGUGGCCCACGACAAAAACGAGUUUGACACGCCUACGCUCGAUGGAGCCCGUCCCAUACCACACUUUGAGAAUCACUGCUCGAGGUUUUUGUUUGAGACACACCGUAAUUUCCCGUGUAUAAUGCGCACCCAUGUAUAAUACGCACCCCCAAAGUUGACCUCAAAAUUCUGGAAAACCCUUCUACCUAUGUAUAAUGCAUUUUUGCAAUGCAUGAAUUUGCUUCUACCCAUAUGAUCAAAACAUGAAGUAUUAUCUGUAUUUUGUUAGUUUUUUUCAAAGAAUUAUUCUGAAGUUAAGCACUUUAUUAGAACACAUACAACUUUCUUUUUAUUUAGUUGCUCUUAUUUUGAAAUUCACAGCCCUACUUUUUUUUAGUAAAUGAGAAAACACGCAGUUGUGCUCAUAUGUUUGAUUACCCAGACAGAAUUUGUAAGAUCGGUACAAUUCUUUAAGGAAAACAUGAAGGUCCAGGUUCAAGGUGAAACACAUUGAAUUUUAUUUUAAUGGGAUUCAAAUUAAACAUUCAAAUCAAGCAUUUCAGAAAAGCAUUGUCAUUAAACAAAACAUAACUAUAAAGAGGCGGCACGUUGGACGACUGGUUAGAGCGUCUGCCUCACAGUUCUGAGGACCGGGGUUCAAAAGGCCCCGUUUGCAUGUUCUCCCCGUGCCUGCGUGGGUUUUCCCCGGGCACUCCGGUUUCCUCCCACAUCCCAAAGACAUGCGUGGUAGGUUAAUUGACAGCUCUAAAUUGCCCAUAGGCGUGAAUGUGAGUGUGAAUGGUUGUUUGUUUGUAUGUGCCCUGCGAUUGGCUGGCAACCAGUUCAGGGUGUACCCCGCCUCUUGCCCGAUGAUAGCUGGGAUUGCCUCCAGCAUGCCCGCGACCCUAGUGAGGAGAAGCGGCUCAAAAAAUGGAUGGAUGGAUAACUAUAAAGAAAUUAAUGAUGGUUGUUGUUCAGUUAUCAGUCGUAUUUAAAAAAAAAAAAAAAUACAUAAAUUCACAAAUUCUGCCUGGGUAUGUAAGCUUAUGAGCACAAUUGUACAAAUAUGCAGUCAUAUGUACCCCUGUCACAUUGGAAUGAAAGUGUAGGCUACACCUUUUUCACCUCUGGGUGGCAUACUAGAAUGAAAGUGUACUAUUAUUACAAUGAAAGUGUACAGACUUUUCAUAACCUCUAGAUGGCGGCAUACAUUUAUAAAACGGGAAAGUCUUUUUCAUUUCCCCCUAUACCUAUGUAUAAUGCGCACUAUUGACUUCUGACAAUUUUUUUGUUGGGGGGAAAUUAUGCAUGAGAAAUUACGGUAAUUGUUUUUCACAUGUGACCCUCAAGCAGACCCCUGAUUGAUGCAUUUAAAAUUAUGGGGAAUAAAAAUCGUCAGUGGUAAACAACAAAAUAUUUGUGCGCCCCACCUUUGACAUCAAAGUUAAGCCACUGGCUCCAUGGUUAGGGGAUGGGAAGUUUUAACGGUAACCCCGUUUAACGUUAACAGCAGCGGGAAUCCAACGCCGUACUUCAGCAAUAUAUUUUGUAUUGCAUGAGGGCGGGCUGCGCAUGGCAAACAUUUGAUGAGAGUCAAUGGGAAAUGCGUUGAUGCGUCCUAAACCGGAGUUUGUGUCAUAAAAUGAGACAGUCAGAGAUAAAUGAAUCCAUUUUACUCAUCAUUAAAAAAAAUUAAAAAAAACGAAAUUCUGUGAUUUGUUUCUAGAUACAUUAAAUAUGUUUGAAGACAAGUGCUGAAAACGUGCAACGAGUGAGAACUAUAUUGUACUGAAUUGUUGAGCUAUGGUUUAAAAUUAUUUUUCACCUUCUUCUCUGAUUUUAUGGGCAGGGCUAAAAAAAAGUAUCAUCGUGACGUCACAAGUAUCCGACUCCCCCACUUUAUGAACACUAAGCGUCUUUAUUCCAUGUUGUGGCCAUUCGACGGAAUUGCACUUCUUUGAUCGUGAAUAACUACCAGUUCUACCAGUAUAGCGUGCAAUUGGCCCUGAAACUUGAAAAACGACAUAUUUCCCUGGAGUUUAAUGCGUUUUGUGUUAUUUAGACGAGAUCCCCCGCCCAAUUGCCAGCCCGAAUGCGGUUUGAGAAGCCUCCAGAGGUCCAAUAAAACUGUGUUACAGCCAUCAGCCUCACAGUUGCCCAACCGCAUGACGCGGGAGCAAGGAGGGAGGAAGAGGGAAAAAUGUAUCCAUGGGAACCGGUACGUGUCAUGCGAUGUGGCCGCAUAUGCGCCCCCUUAGGUGGCCACAGAAGAGCAUUGUGUCAUUAGCGUGAAUUGCUCACGUAUUCUGCCGAACAGUCUUCAUCGACCUUACCUCCCUGACAUUGCUGGCGUAAUGUAUCUCCUUUUACACAGCUUUAAAUUGUUCCAUCCAACGACCUUGGAUGGUGUUAUUAUUAUGUUUGUGUGUGUUAUGUUAAUUGUUAUCCUGUGUGGCUGUGCUGUUUUCCAUUGUAUGCUUGAUGGAGGCUGUGGUUGUUUCAAAUACACAAUGUGUAAUGUCACGAUGCGAGUUGGAUUGGACCCAAGAGACCCCAUGACAUGUAAUUCUCUUUCUUCUCUGGUUAGUUUGACAGUAAACUCCAACUGGUAGUGACAAUCAACAGCUUGAAGCCUCUUUUUUAAAGAAUAUUUGAUAAUUAUAUCAGCCAAAGAGCUGCUUGUUGUUGGAGUGAGUUGAGCCACAUGCCGCCACAUAGCACUCGUUUCUCAAGUUGGGGCUCGUAAGUCAAAGCAAAAACUCGGCCGAUCAACGGCUUGAAUCUCGAAAAACUAAAACAAACAACAACAAAAACUGUAGAUGUAAUUUGUAAUUUAUAUUAUAUUUUAUUUUCAUUUUCAUUGUUUCAUGGAUGUCCUUUUUCAAUGUGAAUUAGCAGCAGUGGAGGGGCACCCUAGUGCUCUCUAUUGAUGAGCCACCACUGCGAAUAUCUGCGAGCAAUGCCUGGAUCAGACUAAAAGACAGAUUUGCUCUUUCCCGAUGGCACUAUGUCAGACUCCUGCCAUAAAAUCUUGCUGUAUCUCGGUCGAACAGUGGCAACACUACACGACAUGUAUUCCGAGACCACUGCAUCUUUCACGAUCACGGGGCUUUAGCUUGUCAAAUCAAACACUGUCGGAGAGGCGGAACCAGAAAACGUGGGACCAGUCAACGCGACGUGACGUGCCAAUGUAUUAUUGUGUCAGGCGAAAAAAGAACAAAAUGUGGAAAAACGUGUGGUGGUCAUCACCGGUGCUCAGGAGAGGGUGUUCAUUCAAGGACUGCCUGAGGUAUGUUCACGUACUUUUAAUAUGAUACGGCUCGCAAGCAGGCAACAAAACAUUAUGUAGCCUAGCAAGCUAGUGCUAGCAUUAACGGUUGUAUCUAAACAAGCCGACGUUCUGUCGGAUCAUGCUCUAAAGGUUCAGUUAACUCUGUGCGUGAGUAAAUGUUAAUGGCGUGCAAGUAUGUUGACAAUGGCAAGCCCGGGAGGCGAAGUGAUGGUCAUAACACACAAUCCUAUUGGUCGACGUCGAGGUGCACUGUCGAAGAGUUUUCGUUGAUAUGUCACACUAUACGGAAGAUAUCCCAAAAAAUCAAACAUUCUAGACUUUUCCGUUUGGUGUCGUAGGGCUAUCGCAGGGCCAAAUCGUUGGUCGUGGAUUAUGUUACACUGCAAGAAAUUUUGCCAUUCCCAACAAAAUAUGUUGGGUCCGAUCUAGGAAAUCGGCUCCGAUAGCUCAUCGGUCCAGGAUUCUCCAUGAUUGACAUGGGCCCAGAAAGGUCCCUAAUACAGUUAUAAUACUGAUUUUAAAAAAUG